GAAAUGACACGUCGGAGAGCGUUUCCGUUCGGGUUUUUCUCGGUGUUGGUCUUAUACGCGACGUUUCAACUAGGUGCUUUCGCCGAAACCGUCGAAAAUAAGAGUGUUACCGAGAAAACGCUGCCGGAAGGUUGCAUCGAAUGCGGAUAUUACAGAUGUCCAGAGAAUCCCGGAAGGUGCUUGCUGGGCUCGGUACCUGACCCUUGUGGAUGCUGUCCAAGUGGUUUGUGCGCCCGUCUUCUUGGCGAACCGUGUUGGAACGCGAGCAUCCCUCUUCUAUCUCCAAAGAGCCGUAACGAUGGGUUCUGCGCAAGAAAUUAUCUGUGUGAGUUGCGCUCCGAUCUUCACGAAGAGGAUGCCCCGGAGGCAACUUGCGUCUGCAUGGAACAGAGUCCUGCUUGUGGCAGCAAUAACGAAACUUACGGGACGCCGUGCGCGUUGCACGAGGAGGCCAUGAAACUCAGAAACUCGUCUUCGUUACGGCUGCAACACCUCGGCCCGUGCGAGAGCAGACCUUGGAUCCUGUCGGAUCUGGAAGACGUUUCCUCGCAUUUCGGUCAACGAGUCGCGUUGAAUUGCGAAGCCAAAGGCUUCCCGGUGCCGGAUAUCUUUUGGGAAUUUCACUCGGCCGACGGGAGAAAAGUUCUCAAGUUGCCGGGAGAGGAACACGAGGCGACGGUGCAUACGAGCGACGGCCCCGAACCGUUGAUGCGAUCAUCCUGGAUGCAAUUGACUCGGUUGAACAAGGAACACAUCGGGAUGUACCUUUGUAUCGCGAACAAUUCCAUAGGUGAGGCGAGCGCGGCCUCGUUCGUGUCUGUAUCGUGAGGUUGCGUCUUCUUGUGAAAGAAAAGUUUUUUUUUCACGUAACCCCGUUAUGCGCGAAGAUAAGAAAGAAAAACAACAAAGAUACAGAAA